UUCAAGGAAAUAAAAAGAGGAGACCCAAGUUCCUGGCUGCAAGAAGCAGCUGCAACAUGAAGAACUCAGGUACCGACAUCCAAGUUGAUCAAAGAAAUGGCCGCAGAUUGGUUCUUUUCCCAUUACCACUACAAGGCCACGUUAACCCCAUGAUUCAACUUGCAAACAUUCUCCACUCCAAAGGCUUCUCCAUUACUAUAAUCCACACAACCUUCAACUCUCCAGAUCCUUCGAAGUAUCCUCACUUCACCUUCCAUUCCAUUCAAGAAGAGUUAACUGAAACUGAAGCCUCAACCGCAGAUAUAAUAGCUCUAGUUUCAUCUCUUAACAUCAAAUGCGUUGCCCCUUUUAGAGAUUGCGUGUCCAAGUUGCUAUCUGAUGUUUCAGAGGACCCUAUUGCUUGCUUGAUCUCAGAUGCCAUCUUCCACUUCACAACUGCAGUUUCCGAAGGUCUUAAACUUCCAAGGAUAGUUUUAAGGACCGGUGGUGCUUCCUCUUUUCGUAUUUUUACUGCCUUGCCAUUUCUGAAAGAAAAGGGGUAUCUUCCAAUACAAGAAUCUCGGUUGGAAGAUCCAAUGGUAGAGCUUCCACCACUUAAAGUCAAAGACCUUCCAGUGAUCAACUCGCGUGACCCAGAAUCUGUAUACGAUUUGAUAGUUAGCAUGACAGAUGGAACUAAGGCAUCUUCGGGAGCCAUUUGGAACACGUUCGAAGAGCUUGAACAGUCUGCCUUAGCUGCACUGCGCCAUGAAUUUCCCAUUCCGAUCUUUCCAAUUGGCCCAUUUCACAACCGCUUCCCAUCCUCUUCAAGUAGUCUGCUUACACAAGAUCAAAGCUCGAUUUCCUGGCUAGACAAACAAGCCCCGAAAUCUGUAGUAUAUGUGAGUUUUGGAAGUGUUGCUGCAUUAAAUGAAACCGAGUUCUUGGAGGUGGCCUGGGGUUUAGCCAACAGCAAGCAGCCCUUCUUGUGGGUAGUUAGACCUGGAUUAGUCCGUGGCGCGGAAUGGCUCGAGCCACUGCCUAAUGGGUUCCUUGAGGAUUUGAAUGGAAGAGCGCACAUUGUAAAAUGGGCUCCGCAAUCAGAAGUGCUAGCUCAUCCUGCCGUUGGUGCAUUUUGGACUCACAACGGGUGGAACUCGACAUUGGAGAGUAUCUGUGAAGGGGUUCCUAUGAUAUGUAUGCCUUGUUUCACUGACCAAAUGGCUAAUGCAAGAUAUGUAAGUGAUGUGUGGAGAGUUGGGAUGCAACUAGAGAAUGGGCUGGAGAGAGCGAAGAUCGAAAGUACCAUCAACCGGUUAUUAGUGGAUGAAGAAGGUGAAGCUAUCAGAAAAGGGAUCUUGAGUUUGAAGGAGAAGGCAAAACUUUGUCUCAGCCAAGGAGGCUCUUCAUGCCAAUCACUGGAUAGCUUGGUUAGCCAUAUAUUAUCAUUAGAGCCCAUUAUUUUCCAGGCGCAAUAAGUUAUUUAUUUAUUUAUUAAAGUUUCUUU